GAGAAAUGAAACAAAAACCUCUAUGUAGGUCUCGCUUAGACCUACAUUUCAUAGAUUGACAACCCCCAACAAAAAUCAACAGGAAGUUUGCAAUCCCCCCUUCAAAACAAAAGUUUUGUAAAAACCGGUCACCUUUUUUUCAAACAUUAUCUUCUCUGCGUUUGUUUUUUGGGCUUCAAACUCCCACAGGAGAGGGAUUGAACCCUUCUGAUUAAAAGUAUAGAACAGAGUUUUGAUAAGUUCUCAGGUUUUGAUUUUACACGCCUUCAAAAAACCCCUGUGCAAAGUCUCCUAAAAAAUGUCAUUUUUGCCUCUGAGCUGUUAUUUGACCCCCUUAAAAUGCUUCUAAACUCACCAAACUUGACACACACAUCAGGUCUGGCAAAAAUUGCGAUCUGAUGAAAAAACCUAACCUCAAAACUCAAAAUUGCGCUCUACCGCUUCCCCACGAAUACAACACGGACAAACUGCUCCUAGGAAGAAAACACAGACCAAACUGCUUGUAACUUCCGGUAGGAAUGUCAGAAAGACAUUAAACAAAAACCACUAUGUAGGUCUCACUUAGACCUACUUUUUAAUAACUAACAUACUUUAGCAAAAAUCAACAGGAAGUUUGAUAUUUUCACUUCAAUACAACAACUGCAUUACUUUCACAAUGCAUUUGAUUCUCAAAAUAGUGGCUCCAAGGCGUCUUCUAACGGCCGUGGGUCUCGGGGGCAGCAGCCAAAGGUUGACCCGACCAACGCUGCUUGCAGCUUUAAUUCAUGAUUGAUUUUGAUUCGCUAUUUUUUUUUUUAAAGGAACAUGUUCUUGUUACAUUUCACCUGUUUGCUCCUGUACACCACUUUUUUUUUUUUAUCGUAUUUUUAAAAUGUGCCGUGGGGCCGUCAAAAAAUGACCUGCAGGCCGCAAACGGCCCCCGGGCCACACUUUGGACACCCCUGGUAUUUUAAGAUAAAAGUAUAUAAAAAUGAAAUCAUGAGGAAGAACAUAUUUGAAGUAUUUUUCUUUCAUUUUUUUGUUUGCUCGACAGGCCGCGCACGUUGGAACACAUCGGCGAGAAGAAAAGAUCAGAGAAGGAACUUGCCAGAAAAAACCUGUCACUGACACACUGCCAAGCGCUCCUGGGGAACCACUUAUGAUGUCUUUUAUCUACUUAACUAGUACUUAACUAGUACUGGACAAGUACAAGCACAGCCAGGCCGAACAGGCUGCAUUGUCUUACUGUAGCUGUCAAUCACGCGGCACUUAAUGUGUCACCAUGGCGACCGAUGGAAACACGCCUCAGUCCUUGCGCCUUGUUCCUCUCACAGAGACGCUCAGCAUGGAACCCUCGGACCAAAUGUUCAUGGAGAACCUUCGACGCUCAGGGCGCCGCCAUGACUUCUUUCUACGCGCUCGUCCUUACAGGGGGGAGCUGCCAACCGUGGCAGGUUUGCUCCUUUACCCAGACACCCCGGCCAAGAUGGAGACCACCUCACGUGAGGCCUUCUGCUCCAGGACCGUCCCACAGCGCCAUGAUCCUACUUCCUGUCAGAAAAAGCACCAGAACUUACCGCCGGACACCAAGCUCUGUUCUCAUCCGGCGACCCCACGACAGACAGCAGAACCGGUCCAGGAUCCACAAGCGGAGAAGAUGCUGUCUCAGUACCAGAAGGACUUCCCCCCUCCGUCCUGGCCGCGCCGGAGGAGGACCCCCGCUCUCCCGCAGCAGGACAACAUCGGCAUCAACCCGUCUUUCAGGAUGGAGUUCAGGACCGUCCAGAGGGACACGUACCCCGACUGGCCUGUCUCCGGUCCUGAGACGGCAGGGACAAGAUCUUCUCAAAGUCAAUGAGACGUGACUUUGAUUUAUUUUUCAAUAUAUUAUUAAUAUUACAGCUGUAAUAGUACGUGGAAGUACCGAACCAAAAGGUAUGGUCCCCCCAAAAAAAGUCCUCUUAUGAAUACAUCAUUCUUAUACGCCAGGGGUCGGCAACCCAAAAUGUCGAAAGAGCCAUAUUGGACCAAAAAUACAAAAACCAAUCUGUCUGGAGCCGCAAACAGUUAAAAGCCAUAUUACAUACAGAUAGUGUGUCAUGAGAUAUAAAUUGAGUUAAAGCUGCAAGCAGCGUUGGUCGGGUCCGCCUUUGGCCGCUGCCAAGCCCUGGUCUAAGUCAGACCUACAUAGAGGUCUUUGUUUCAUGUCUCUACGACAUUCCUAACAGAAGUUACAAGCUGUUUUGUCUGGGUUUUUUCCUAGUGGGCGCUGGAGCGUAGUUUUGACUUUAGGGGUUUGUUUUUUUACUAGAUGGCAAUUUUCGCCAGUCCUGAUAUGUGUGUAAAAUUUGGUGAGUUUUGAAGCAUGUUAAGGGGGUCAAAUUACAGAUCAGCGUUUCUGGAUGUUGUUGAUAAAUGGCUUUCGCUUUGCAUAGUAGAGCUUUAACUUGCACUUUGAAGCAUUUUAAGGAGGUCAAAUUACAGCUCAAAAAGGCAAUAAUGAAAUUUUUUAGGAAACUUUGCGCAGGGGUUCUUUGAAGGCGCGUAAAAUCAAAACCGGAGCAGUAAUCAAAACUUUGUUGGACAGUUUUAAUCAAAAGGGUUCAAUCCCUCUCCUGUGCGAGUUUGAAGCCGAAACGACAAACGCACUCGGAGGAGUUUACGUUUGAAAAAGGUGACGGGUUUUUACAAAACUUUUAUUUUGAAGGGGUAAUUUUUAACUUCCUGUUGAUUUUUGCCGAAGGAUGUCAAUUAUCUAAAUGUAGGUCUAAGUGAGACCUACAUAGAAGUUUUUGUUUCAUGUCUUUCCGGCAUUCCUACUGGAAGUUACAAGCAGUUGUGUCUGUGUUUUCUUCCCCGAACCCGUUUUAACUGUGUUUUGAUAAAAAAAAUUGCGCAAGAGCGCAAUUUGGAGUUUUUUUUUCAUUAGAUGGCAAUUUCUGCUAGUCCUGAUGUGUGUGCCAAGUUUGGUGACUUUUGAAACAUUUUAAGGAGGUCAAAUUUCAGCUGAAAGAGGCAAAAAUUAAAUUUUUUGCGAAAAUUUUGUUUUGAAGGGGUUUUUGCCAACUGCCUGUAGAUUUUUGCCCUAGAAGGUAGAAUUAUGAAAUGUAGGUCUAAGUUAGACCUAUGUGACAGUUUUUGUUUCAUGUCUGUAUGACAUUCCUAACGGAAGUUACAAGCAGUCUGUUUUUCUUUCCUUCCUAGGGGGCGCUAGCGCGCAAUUUUGAUUUUUCUGGUUUAGCUGCCUAAUAAGUUGGGAAGGUUUGCUAUACCGACGUGUGUGUCAAAUUUGGUGAGUUUUGAAGCAUGUUAAGGGGGUCAAAUUACAGCGCGUAGGUGCGGAAUAAUAAUAAAACACAGCAGUUUCAAUAGGCCCAUGGCAAAGGACUCCUGUGGAAAUACGGUAAGAAGGAAGUAAAGAGUGAGAAUCUAUUAACAAAAUAAAAGCAUGUGUGUUCUUGUCUUGCAGAAGAAUUGUGGAAAAUAGGCAACAUUUUUAACAGCCAUUGCAGCUCCCCUUUAAUAGAUAGAUAGUUCUUUAUGUAUUCCUUCAGGAAAAUGAACAUUUUCCGCACAAAAAAGACCCCAAAUACUGCACUUCAAGUCCGGCAGGGACAAGCGGUAGGAAAUGGAUGGAUGGAUGUUACUUCGAUCCGAGUGAGACUUGUACAUAAUCAUCUCCGGUUUCCGUGCCUGCUCCUCUCCUGGUACCGGGAGUCAUCCCCCCCCCUGCUCCGGUCCCGGGAGUCAUCCCUCCCCCUGCUCCGGUCCCGGGAGUCAUCCCCCACCCUGCUCCGGUCCCGGUUAUCCCGGUUGUCCCUACCGUAGUCUCGACCUCCACCGGCCCCGGGCCGCUCCCACUCCUUCCGCCCGCCGGCCCACCGCUCCUGCGGCGGCCCGACUCCCAGGUUGAUGGGCUUGCGGAAGGGUCGGUCCCGGCCGCCGAAUCUCAGCUGUCCGGACUCCUUCUUGCCGCCCUGGCCGCCGCCGAGCCGCCUGGGGAUCCAGCCCUUCAGGGUCCGCUCCAGUUCGAAGUCCACGAAGAGUUCGUGCUGGUCCACCAGCAGCUUGUUGGCGUCCCGGCGGGCUCGAAGCACCGCGCGCUCCUCUUUGUACUCGAUGAAGGCGUAGCGCUUGGAGAAGCCCGUGACGAUGUCCCGCAGCAGCCGCAGCCGCUUGAUGUCCCCAAACUUGGAGAAGACUUGCCGGAGUUUCUCCUCCGUGGUCUGCGGGUUGAGGCGGGCCACGAAGAGCGUCAGCAGCGGGUCUCCCACCACGCCUUUGUUGGGCUUGUAGCGGGCACACAUCGCCCGCCACACCGCUCGGUCGUGGGGCUCCACGUCGGUACCGUCGAUGCUCCCGGCUUUCAGCGGCUCGUACACCUUCGCGAUGGGGUUCCAGUCCUCCAUUUUGAACCCCGACUUUCUUAUUUGUUGACAAGAAA